CAAAGUUGCGAUUUUGAUUUUCCAAUUGUCUUCCCUCCUCCUCUCUCUCUCUCUACCCCCUUUUGCCCUUCAACAGUUCUUCGUCCUCUUCCCCCUUUCUCCGUCUUCGAUUUUAUCUUUCAUCAGCGCCCUCUAUCUAUCCUGCGCAGGGACAGCGAGAAACAGUGAUUACCUUAUCACGUUCUUUAGAUUCAUUCAUUCAUUCUUCUUUCAAACGAAACCCCCCUUUUCUCUUUAUGCAAAUUCCUUCUCCCGUGAUCUCUAAUGUGAGUCUUCAAUAGACACCCAUUAACGCUUUUCGAUCUCUCCACCAUGUCUUCCGGAGAGCCUUCUACGUCGAUCCACGCUGGUGGGUCUUCUCCAAACGAAGGAACAGUGGAAGAACAACACUCUCAUCACCACAUCAACAAUGGACAAAGCACGAGCAAUAACAAUGAAGACAGCAAGGUUAACAACAACAGUAACAACUAUUUAAUUAGGAAAGAACGACCUUCUCGUGCAUGUACGGCUAGGGCGUUAGCCAGGGUACAAGCUGCUGCGGCUGCUGAAGCGGCUACUUCUGCAGCUGAGAGGAAGAAAAGGGUCACGAAGAAAGAACGGUUGCGGGAAAGGGAGAGAGAAGAAUCUCCUUCGCCGCCUCCCCCUCAGACACCGCAAUGUAAGAUCAUUACGCCUCUUGUUCGGGAGCCUCCGCCAUCGCAGCAACAGCGGUGGGAUCUUCGGUCUAUGUGGGAACUUGCUUCAAUUCUUAAUUUUCUCAAUGUUUUCAGGCCUCUUCUAAACAUUAAGGUUGAAUUCUCUGCUGAGGAACUUGAGACAGCUUUGAUUACGCCAAACAACACUUUGGCUGACAUACACAUACCUUUGAUGAAGGCAAUUCCUCCUGUUACACGAAUGGCACUUGGUCGUAAUACCUGGGUUACUGUGCUCUGCAGAAAGUUGAGAGAUUGGUGGCAGUGGGUGGCAGAAGGUGAUCUACCGAUUGUUGCAUCACAUGGGGCCGAGAUUGAAACAUAUAACACUCUUGAUCCUUGCACUAGGGUGGUGAUCUUGAAAGCCUUGUGUGAUAUUCGUGUUGAGCAAGAAGAUAUCCGGCUCUAUAUAGAUGACGCAAUUAAAAAUGGUGCUCAACUUUCAUUAUUUCGUAAGGAGCGAGUUGGUGGUGAUUCUUAUGGAAUCUCCUACUGGUAUGAAGACGAUCCCAUAAUUGGUCAUCGGUUAUAUCGAGAAAUACGAAAAGUGGAUGUUCAAAAAGGGAAAGGGAAGAAUGCACCGCCAAUAGAUAAUUCUUGUUUCAAUUGGGAAACAGUUGCAACUAAUUUGGAUGAAUUUCAGGAUGUUUCUGAUAAACUUUUCGAAAGUAAAAAUAGAACAGAGGUAUCACUUGGCAAGAAAUUGAAGAUUGACAUUCUUCCCGAGAUUGAGAAAGUCCAUAAGAGGAAAGAAAAACAGUUGAAGAAGCAACACAGACAAGCUCUUCUCCUUGAUAAUAUGAUGAAUAUGGAUGGGCUUACUGCAGGACGCUCUCUCCGUGAUAGAAAACCUGUUACUUAUACAUUCGAUGCCUUUGACAGAUCAAUCAAUGAGGCUAUCAAAAUAACCAAAAGGAAGCAGUCUUCGCCAGAACCUACUGGCAGACAAGAACAUGUUUUAAAGCAUGAUGUUUCUGCAAAUGGAAAGUGGAAUGGUGAUCCUGUACAACCUCCUCAACUAGAUUCUUUUGAGAUGCCAUCUCCAAUGUCACCCGAUUAUGAUGAUGUUGAUGUUGAUGAAGACCUUGAAACUGAGAUGACUGAUCGCAGCAAUCGAAAGAAACGAAGGCCUCAACGAUAUUCAACAAAGGAUUAUGUCGAAGCAAUUUCCGAGAACGAAGAACCAGACUUCGAUAGCGACGAUGACAUAGUUGGGGAAGCUGUUUACGACGAAGAAUACUUGAGGCAACGUAGUAAACAGAAGAGGAAGAUGUCAAGCAGUUCCGAAGGUGAUGAAUGGGAUGAAGAAAACCUUGAAGAAGAAGACGAAGAAGAAGAAGACGAUAACAAUUUCCUAAGUAUGAGCGAAGACAGCGACGAGCCCCGUAGAAAUAAAAAGAAACUGCCAAUCCGAACCACGAGGGAAUCAACAAAAUUAAGACCAGUUAGCAACCUUCAAGCAGGUCUAAGGCGGAGCAGAAGGGCCACGAGAAAUCGAAUCGAUUAUAAACAGUAUGAAAUGUCUGAAUCAGAAGACGAGUCUACAAAACCUAGGAAAUCAAAUGUGUCAGACGAAGAAUUCUCCGAAGGUGAGAAAGAAAUGGAAAUUGAGGAAGGUGAAGACGAGCCUCUUCCAGAGCGAGAGCAAAAACAACAAACGGGUGAAGAAGAAGAAUGUGAGAAGCCAUUGGAGAAAUCGAGAAGCCCGUGUCAUGAGGAUGGAAGGAGAUUCCUUGACUUGAAUGAACUGGCCCCCGGUUUUGGAUUCGACGAUGGUCCUAGUUCAACGAAAGAUGAAGUUAAUAAUAAUAAUAAUAAUAAUAAUACAGAUAACCUCUAGAAGAACAGUCAUCCUCGGUUGGAAGCAUAUAUGUGGUUCUUUUUUCUGGCUUAACCAUGUUUAGCUUACUUGUCGUGCAAGUUUUGUCACGAAAUUUUCAGCAGGAAGCGAUCGAAGCUUGAGAGAAUGAUAUUAGAUUUGAGUAGUCAUUUUUUAGCAUCACUAUAAUUCAAGAACCCUAGCCCUAAUGGGGAUGAAUUAUGUUCAUUUGAAAUUUCUUGUUUGGUAUUUGUAUUAUAUAACCUUUUUUUUUCUUUUACUUUUUUAAAAAUUAGCAUUACAUUGUAAGUGAAAAAGAUAUAUAACUUGAUGUUCCAUUCCAUGAUCAUGAUAUUUGAUGCAAAGAUGAUUUGUGUUUGUGUUUGGCUUCUUUCA